AUGCACAAAUACCAGUGGGUGAGUCUAUACCGUCUGUACGACAGAACACAUGGGUUGCUCCUCAUUAUUAAAAAGCUCCAAUAUCCUGUAACCUUUUUAGAAGGUCCGGUCCAGGUGUCCUGUCCUCAGUGCCGUCAGACGGUCCUCUCCCAGGUGCAUCACUCCUCCGGGCUGCUCACCUACCUGCUCUGUGGAGGACUCUUCUUUUGUGGCUUUGUUUUAGGUUGCUGUCUCAUCCCGUUCUGUGUGGACCGGAUGAAAGACGCAAAGCACACCUGUCCCACCUGCAAGGCUGUACUUGGCGUGUACAAACGCUUAUAACUAAUACUCGAGCUGUGCAACAAUAAGACAA